CAACGAACUCGUCCUGUCUGAAGGAUGCCAAAACACAAGCAGGAUUCCAGCUAACAUCUGCUUGUCAACUGAGAGGGAACUACCACCCUUGUGAGCUUUUGCACUGCAACAGCCAGAAGUGCUCUGAGUUCCACUUUUCUCCUGUUGGGCUUUUGCUUUUCAUCUGGAGCUUUUGGCUUGGCUGCUUCAUUGCAUCUGGAAAGGAAUAAGCUCACCAAGAUGGUAAAGAAAAAGUCUGAUGUUUACUCAAUUGAGAUCAAUGGGCUAAAAGAUCUGGAAAAAACAAAGACUGAAGAUGAAGAGAAGUGCAAAGACCUGAAGGGCAACAAGAAAAAAAAGAAUGAAGAACUAAAGAAAGAACUGGACCUGGAUGACCACAAACUCAGCACUUCACAACUGGAGGAAAAGUACGGUACGAGCAUUGACAAAGGUCUCUCCAGCGCAAGAGCAGCAGAGAUUCUGGCUCGCGAUGGUCCCAACUCACUCACUCCUCCCAAAGCCACUCCUGAAAUUGUUAAGUUCCUCAAGCAGAUGGUGGGAGGGUUUUCCAUCCUCUUAUGGAUAGGAGCUGUCUUCUCCUGGAUUUCAUUUGGCAUUCAGUUGGCUCAGGGAGCUGAAUCAGCCUUUGACAAUCUCUACCUUGGUGUAGUCCUUGCAGUGGUCGUCAUCCUCACUGGUAUCUUCGCUUACUAUCAGGAAGCAAAAAGCACAAACAUCAUGGCUAGCUUCAGUAAAAUGAUUCCACAGCAAGCUCUCGUCAUAAGAGAUGCAGAAAAGAAGGAAAUGUCAGCAGACCAGCUGGUAGUGGGAGACAUUGUGGAGAUAAAGGGAGGAGACAGGAUCCCAGCAGACAUUCGUCUGAUCACUACUCAGGGGUGCAAGGUGGACAAUUCUUCACUCACAGGGGAAUCAGAGCCACAGUCCCGCUCCUGUGACUUCACCCAUGAGAACCCCUUGGAGACCAGGAAUAUUGCAUUCUACUCCACCACCUGUGUGGAAGGCACUGCUACUGGCAUUGUAAUCAACACUGGGGACCGCACGAUCAUUGGGCGGAUUGCUUCUCUUGCAUCAGGAGUAGGAAAUGAGAAAACACCCAUUGCUAUUGAGAUAGAACACUUUGUCUACCUGGUGGCAGGAGUGGCCAUUUCCAUCGGUGUCCUCUUCUUCAUUAUUUCUGUAUCAAUGCGAUACAAGAUUCUGGACUCCAUCAUUUUUCUCAUUGGCAUCAUCGUGGCAAACGUGCCAGAGGGACUGCUAGCCACAGUAACAGUGAGCCUGUCACUGACAGCCAAACGGAUGGCAAAGAAGAACUGCUUGGUGAAGAACUUGGAAGCUGUGGAAACGCUUGGCUCUACUUCCAUCAUCUGCUCUGACAAGACAGGGACCCUCACGCAGAACAGGAUGACUGUUGCCCACCUCUGGUUUGAUAAUCAAAUCUACUCAGCUGAUACCAGUGAAGAUCAAACAACCCAGCCUUUUGACCAAAGCUCUCCAUCAUGGACAGCACUAUCAAAAAUUGUAACUCUAUGCAACCGAGCAGAAUUCAGACCAGGACAGGAGAAUCUUCCAAUAAUGAAGAGAGUUGUGGUGGGUGAUGCCUCCGAAACAGCCCUGCUGAAAUUUGCAGAAGUUGUUCUGGGUGAUGUCAUGAAUAUUCGAGCACGGAACAAGAAAGUGGCUGAAAUUCCCUUCAACUCUACCAACAAAUUCCAGCUCUCCAUUCACGAGACUGAUGAUCCCAACGACAAACGUUUUCUGCUGGUGAUGAAAGGUGCCCCAGAGAGGAUCUUAGAGAGAUGCAGCACCAUCAUGAUCAAUGGGAAAGAAGAACCACUGGACAGUGAAAAGGCAGAAGCUUUCCAAACAGCAUACAUGGAGCUGGGAGGCCUAGGAGAAAGAGUUCUUGGUUUCUGUCACCUGUACCUGCCUGAAAAUGAGUUUCCAGACACCUACACAUUUGACACAGAUUCCAUGAAUUUCCCCACAUCCAAUCUAUGCUUUGUUGGGCUCUUAUCCAUGAUUGACCCACCUCGUUCCACAGUGCCAGACGCUGUCUCAAAGUGCCGCAGUGCUGGGAUCAAGGUUAUCAUGGUCACUGGUGAUCACCCAAUCACUGCUAAAGCCAUUGCCAAAAGUGUGGGCAUCAUUUCAGCCACCAGCGAGACGGUGGAAGACAUUGCGAAGCGUCUCAACAUUCCUGUUGAGCAAGUCAAUAGACAGGAGGCUACAGCAGCAGUAGUGAACGGGAUGGAGCUGAAGGACAUGAGCUUGCAGGAGCUGGAUGAAAUUUUGUGCAACCAUUCGGAGAUCGUCUUUGCACGGACAUCACCCCAACAGAAACUGAUCAUAGUGGAGGGCUGCCAAAGGCAGGGCGCAGUCGUUGCCGUGACUGGAGAUGGAGUCAAUGAUUCCCCUGCUCUUAAAAAAGCAGAUAUUGGAAUCGCUAUGGGCAUUGCUGGUUCUGAUGCAGCUAAAAACGCAGCUGAUAUGGUACUGCUGGAUGAUAACUUUGCUUCUAUAGUCACAGGAGUGGAAGAAGGCCGCCUGAUCUUUGACAACCUAAAGAAAACAAUUGCCUACACUCUGACUAAGAACAUUGCUGAGCUCUGUCCCUUUCUUAUCUACAUUAUUGCCAGCAUUCCAAUGCCCAUUGGCACCAUCACCAUCCUAUUCAUUGACCUGGGAACAGACAUUAUCCCCUCUGUUGCAUUAGCCUAUGAAAAAGCUGAAAGCGAUAUUAUGAACAGGAGACCUCGAAACAAGAAGAAAGACAGGCUGGUGAACGAGCAGCUGGCUAUAUACUCCUAUCUGCAGAUUGGCAUCAUGCAGUCAGUGGGAGCCUUCGUGACGUAUUUUACAGUAUAUGCAGAACAAGGCUUCCUCCCUUCCACACUGCUUGGCGUUCGAGUCGACUGGGAAAACAAUGCUAUUAAUGACUUUGAGGACUCUUAUGGACAGGAAUGGACUAAAUACCAGAGGACGUACCUGCAGUGGACCGGCUACACUGCUUUUUUUGUCAGCAUCACCAUUCAGCAAGUUGCAGAUUUGAUUAUCAGGAAAACAAGAAGAAAUUCCAUUUUCCAGCAGGGUCUUUUCCGGAACAAAGUCAUCUGGGUGGGUAUAUUUUCCCAGAUAGGAAUUGCUCUGAUUCUCACCUAUGGUCUUGGACACGUUACAGCCCUGAACUUCACACCUCUGAGGUUUCAGUACUGGUUUGUGGCUGUACCGUUUGCUGUCUUGAUAUGGGUCUAUGAUGAGGUCCGUAAGCUGUUUAUCAGGAGAUACCCAGGAAGUUGGUGGGAUAAGAACAUGUAUUACUGAGUCCGUCCUUAUCGCUGGACUUCUUCCUCCUCAUGGAGAGCUGCUCCUCCACCUCACACAGCCUCUGCUGCUCCAAUGUCCUGUCUGUGCAAUACCAAGUAUACACUGGGCUCUCCCCAUGAAGAAAUUUCAUGAAUUUCAUGAAGAAUUAAGGACUUAAGAGGCUGGCAAGUAACCUCCCGCUGUACUGUAAAGACAAUGCUUGUCUGAAAUUGAAAUGCCAUCUAUUUUUGUAAAAAGAAUGACUUUCCCUCAUCCAAGGAUGAACCUGGAGAGCACUCAGAGAGGAAAACACAAAGAAAAACACAACAGAAAAACUUAAUGUAAGGCAUUAAUUUGCACUAGAGGGGUUGUUUGCUUAUUUUCUUUUUGUUUUGUUUGUGCAACUGAAUUCUAAGCAAGUGCAUACACGGAUCUGUAUUACCUUGCUGAGAGUAGUAACACUGUAUAGGAAAAAUUUGAUAAUAAAAGUAUUUUCCAGAAGACAGUUCUCCACCUUAUUUUUUGAUAAAGACUAAGAGAGUGAAAUGGAAAGGGACGCACUGAGAAAUGCAUCUGGAAGACCAAGGCACAGCCAGUCCAUUUAAACAUCUUGCAAUUCUGUGAGUGUAGAAUGCUCAACACUCAUUUUCUAAGAGACAUCAUCUCCAUGGCAAAGUAGACCUUCAUACUCAUAGGCACUGUUAUAGAGCUGCCUGAGACCAGGUCUUCAAUACGGGCAUUUUUAUUAGAGAAGAAAUGGGGACAGCAGAACUGCCUUUUGCAGGAAAAGGAGAGAAGGAUUACAAAUGAGAAACCAGAACUGAGGGAGUGGAAAACGGGGAGGGUUUGCCAGCUUAAAGCAUGUCUGUUCCCCAAUUUCCACUUUCAUAACAUGCUAGAAACUACUUUAGUUUGUGAGCUCCCGUCCUCAGAGCUCCUCCCCAUAAGAGCCAGGUGGGCAUAUUACAGUGGUAUCAGAGUGGGUGCCACUGUUUUUCAAAUGCUGACUCAAAGAAGAGGAAAUACAAAUGAAGAAGGAAGAGAGACAAAAAAUAAGCAUGUAAACUAUGAAUUAUGAGGGUGAGCCUGGAUUCCAGAUAUGUGCCCUUGUGUGCUGCUUAUCAGUUGGUGAUGCAACCCUGCAACACACCAGCAAGAAGUAUGUGAGGUGCCAAGCAGCCUCAUUUCAACACUUUGUCAUUUGCCAGCUGCCAGGAAGGAUUUGUUUUCUCUUCUGCUUACAAGACAGGAAAAAUAUGAAGAGAGAUGACACGGGGAGCAACAGAACCCUCUUGUCACCACCCAUAGAUUUGCUGUACUCAGUCAAAACAACAUUUUCAAAUUCAAACAGGAAGAGAAAAAAAACGAAACAAAAGGAGGUCUUAGAGGAAAACUUGGAAGACGGAUGUGAUAUGUGUGUUAUAUCUGUUUUUAGGAUUGGCAUAUGCUCCUGACAGAGAAGUAAAAGAAUUCUGUCAUAGUAAUAUCUGUAAAACUAGCAACUUAUAUCUUUACAUCCCCUUGGUACAGAAGGGAGUGGGGAGGAAUAGGGGCACCACAUUUCCCACAUGAGGAA